UAGUGAUUGCUUCCUCAUUUUUGUUUACAAACACAUCGCCUUUAUCAGUGAUUGAUUAACCGAAAAAUGGAGAAACGGGAAGCAUCGCUUGAAAAGUUAUCUAAUUUCAUUAACAAUACUAACAGAACCAUCGAUCAAUUGCUGAACAAUUUAGGCUGGAAUAGAGAUGUUCUGCGGUCAACCAAUAAUAAGUCGAAACGAGUUGGGCAAAACUCGCCCACACAUCGAUCAGGCAAAGUUCUACAAGAAGAUUCACUUCCAGAAUCUUUCCUACCGGAAAAGCAUCCGCUGUCGAUGAAGCUAGAUCUCAAACCUGAACAAGUGCCAAAGAGUCACAAAGAUUUGAUUAUCAAUUUUACAAGAGAAGAGAGACUUGCAAUGUACGAACAAGCAGUUGCGUCGACACCGAAACAGGAACCGCUUCCUGAUUUACAACUAAAUUUCAGCAAACGGGAUAAGAAUGCAAGACCAACUUCCCUGGCCGAUAUUGCCGCCUACCGGCGUGAUGUCCGUCGAAGGACUCAGAAAUACCGCCUAGCUAAGAAUCCACUAUCGUAUCAGGAAGAAAUGCGAAAUUUGAUUCAGCUGCAGACGGAAGCAUUGGCUGAAUACCUUGGGCAACCGAAAGAUAGCGAAACCAAGGAGAAAACUCGGGACAGAAGAAAUGAAAUUGAUUCUAGAAGCCUAGAUACUAGAUCGAGACCACGGAGCAGAUCGCGGGACAGACAGAGACGUAGGGAUGAGGAUGAUAGCAAACGGCACAGGGAUAAGAAACAUAGCAAACGCAAGAGAUCAAGGUCUAGAAGUUGAUCUCGCCAUAGACAUAAAUCGAAGAAAAGACGUUCAAGAGAGAAGAGCAAGCAUUAAAUUUCAUAAAAAGCAA